AUGGCAGCGGAAACUCUCUUGCCCGCCAUGUGGCAGCUGCUGUUGCUGGCAGCGGCCUUUGCGCAGGAAGUGUGCGAAGACUCUUCCCUGCUACAAACAGCCCCUGGCGCGUCCGGCCUUCUGGCCGCUGUGGAAUUGGCAGCGGAAGAACAUGUCAUCAAGCAAUGGUCACUCACGCCAGGUACUUUCAUAGGCAUGGUGUUCGGCAGUGCGGCCUUCGCCGCAUGGGAGUGGAGCUGGGGCAAGGAAUCCGUCAAGUCCCACCAUCUCUUCUCAGACAGAUGGGCACUGAUCAUGAUGAGCGCUAUGAUCCAGGUGGUGUCCGGCUCGGUCUAUGCCUUUGGCGCAUGGCAGGAUGAGCUGCGAAAUGCCCUGGGCGUGUCAAUGACAGGCAUCACGGUGAUUGGUGCGCUGACCUUUGUCGGCAGCUUGGUGGGGCUUUUGGGCGGCAUGAUCUUCGACCGCUUCGGUCCCAAGACCGCGGUGUCUCUGGGAACCUCCGGGGUCACCGCGGGCAGCUCGACAAGAAGCCCAGUCGGGUCCGGGGUCCGGGGCCACGAGGGUUAG